ACACCGAGCGCAUCUAGCAUUCCAGCUAUGUUUUGAGGUGCUGGAAACAGCAUACGACAUAGACGGAGAAGAUUUAUGUGCAGCUGUACGGCGUAGAAUCCUUCGCGCUCCAGCGGUGUUCCGUUCAGUUUAUGCAACGCAGUCAUCCAUUAGUGCGAUCGUCAUGAGUGAAUUAUUGCAACGACCAUCCUCCUUUGGGACAUCCGUGCGACCAGAUGGAUCGGCACGGCCAGUCGUACGGUCGAGUUGCGUACUGCCCGUACAGUGACUCCAGCUCAUCGGAGUUACAAUCGUACGUGCGUCCGUUCGACACCGUCAGAGCACUACACGAAACGGUCGUCUCACUGCGGACGGCAUUAGAGGAAUCACGCCGAGAGGUUGACCAACUGCGCCAGCAGAUCAAUGUUCGGGACACCGUCGAACAGGGUCGAUCAGUGAGCAGAGCCAGCGUAAGCAAAGACCUACCAUUGGGCAUUGGAGAUCGCCUCAGAAGAGACACAGCUGCUGGUCAAGAUACUACCAGUCGUGGUCACUCAUCGGCAGCAGGUCUUCCGAAACACACGCCAAACAUCAACGCUAGUCGAGAGUCACUGGAAGAAACUGCCUCAGCGGUGGGUGAGAAAAAAUCAAAACGAUUAAAGAAAAGAAAAACCAAACCUCAACAGCUGCCCGAGGAAAGCGAGGUCUCUUCCCCGGUGACGGGUGAGCAGGAAAAAGAACCAGCUGCGGAAGAGCCGGUGCGUACGAAAAAGACACCCCAAAAAGAUGGUAACACGACGCACCAGAAAGUGUCCGUAGUUCCUGACAUCCAGAUAGUUUCGCACCCCGGUGCGGGUUCGCAUUCGGCGAUGGCGUCGCGGAUAGAUGUGAAAAUUAAGGUCUCAUCAAAUAUCAACAUGGACGAAAGCAGCUCCGAAGCGGAUAGUUCCGAGUGCCCGAAGGAUGCACCAACGACACUGGACACCACCGAUGUCGCCGCCGAUUGCACUCCAGAAGAUGACGAGAAGACACUUUCGGAGCCCGCAGAGCGUGUAGACGAUGAUGUGACUGUGCGCGAGCAAGUAGUCAAGACCGAGGGCACUGAGGGUUUGCAAGUGAGCACGACCAACGAGGAACAGCUGAGUGUGCACCGAAGUUCGGAAGCGAUCAGUCUCCGGCAGGUGUCUUUUGAAAAUCUGCAAGUAGACACCGACCGUCAGUCGAAUGCCUCCAUCUCGGAGGGUGACAACUCGGUGUUUGCAGAAGAUCCAACCGCCACCGAGGUGGAAUCAGAGACGCAUGGUACUGGGCCAGCCACGGGCAGCUAUUCGGUUACGGACCUCUCGGGAGAUGCCCGGCGGAGGAUGAAGAAAAGUGAGUCUGAAAACCAGGAGGAGGUGGAUGACAUCGAGCUGAUCUUUUCCUCGGACGACAACGCGAAAGACAUCACCCAGGAGGAUCUGGUAUCGAUUUCGGACUGUGAACCGUGGCACGAGGCUGGCCAAUCGGGUACACCCGUGCUGGUGAGCUUCACCAAGCUGGGUUCGGAUCAGGAAAAGCUGAGCUCUCUCGAACGCAGCGACAGCGAGGUCACGGAAGGAUACGAGCUGGCGAAGGGCAAAAGUCUCGAAAGCCAGGACUCGCUGAGCUUGGACAACAUGAAGAAAAGUAUGGACUUUAGCGAGAAGUCACCGAGUUUGGAGAAGGACUCUAGUCUGGACAAUGGUGGUGGUGGGAACUCCGGGUUGGUACGUGCCGGCGACAGCCAGGACGAAGAUGGCAAGCAAGAUGACAGAUUUGAUACGGUCGGGAUGAAUCCGUUAGCGACCGCUGGUGCCCUUGGUCGACGCUGGACCAACUAUAAUGUGCUCAUCGAAACGGACAUCUCCAAGUGCGGUAUUACUGAGGAGAACAUUUUGGAGAUGGGACGUCGGAAUACCUGCCCGAAUCCACCCGCGUAUCGUCCCAUCAUUCAUUCGGGCAGCCGCAUGCAAGCGUCAUCUGUCGCCAACCGGAGCCCGCUGGCGGUGAAGUUUUCUCGCUCUCCAAGGACCUACUCACCCCACCAGUACCUGCCACCGGGGAAAACGCUGCGAACCGUGAUAGCGGCCGAAAGUGGCGUCCGAGGAGCGACCGGUGACGAGGUGAAGCGUUCCCGGGCGGCCCAAACCGAUAUAUCUGCCCUCGCGCAACAGUGGCGCUCCGAGACCCACCUCGCGGGUUCCGAGUACGUUCCGGGGUUAUAUACGCUUCCGUCGAAGUUUGUCCCACCCGUGGCCGGUGGAAAGGGCAAAUUCCCGCUCAGACCAUCGGAUAAGACGCAGGAAGCCCGCCGGGUGCUGCUCAGCGAUAUUAACUUCACCAGCAUGGUCCCGGAGCUGUCCCGAUCGGCCGAUCACCUGUGCCAGCAUCAGCAGGACGAAAACGGUGACCCAAACCGGUCGCCCAACUACUGCAAAGGAAACCUGCUGCGGACACCGGAAGCUACCAAAGGCAUUCCGCCCAGCUUCAGCAUGACCUCGCCGGGUGUGUCCCAGUGGACGGUGAACGAAAGCAGCAUCGCCACCCAGACAACGCAAACGGACGCGUUCUGGACGAACCGGGGCGAUUCGUUCGACUCCUCGAAAAGCUACUCGGCGUCAGGAUCGCGAUAUUCCACGCUCAGCAAGCACCACCGCUCGCGCAGCGUGCCAUCGAUGCGGUGCGCCAUCUGCAGACAAACGCACCAAAACACGGCCCUACGUCCGUCCGAGAGCAUGCAUUAUACACCACGUGUCACCUUCCAGGAGCAACCGGUGCACAAGAUCCGUGGCUCGCUGCCGGACCUACGGCAUGACUGUAACUGUCCGCGUCGGUACGGUGGUCCAUCGCUGUAUCGCAUCCAUGGUGAUUCCGGUGGAUCGACGGAUAGUUUGCUUGAGGAGGCUGAAGAGUUCCUGCGUCGGUCGCUCGAGGGUGGUAAUAUGCUUGCGAUGGAGGACUCGCUCGGGCAGCUGGAUGUUGGUGUGCCACCACCGGCAACGGCGGGUUUACCACCGCACGGUGGGGUUCUGCACGGACAUGGACAUGGUGGGGUGUAUCCUCAUCCGGUGCUGCAUCAUCCGACGGCCAAACAUCGGCGGUGUUCCGAGAACGACAUUCAGAGGGACUACAUCCCAUCCAAGCAGGCGCUGCCAUUUUUGCCGAAAACGUCCAAAUGCCUCAAACCGGGCCAUCUGGCGAAGGUAAUUUCGCGGAACGGUCGCAUCGUAGUUGGCAGGGUGCGCUACAUCGGUCCGCUGGCCGGGUCCGACAUCGACGACAGCUACGUUGGGUUGCAGUUACCGAACAACCUGGGCGACUGUGACGGUACCUUCGAUGGGAAGCGAUUUUUCGAGUGCGAACCGCUGCAUGGCAUCUUCGUGCCGUUCAAGAAGGUCGUCAUGGCGUGGAACUCAUAA